AUGGACGCAAACAAUAGUGAAUUAUCCGUCGUCCAAGGACUAGUACACAAUAGGGUCCGAGAACUCAAGGGUCUGGGCCCUAUAUUCGAAUCGGUCUGUUGCCCAGUGAGCUACGGCGUCGUCUUCGCGGAACGGUACAAUGCCCUCAAACAUUCGCGACAGGGAGACGUGCCCGAGAUAUCUGCACUGGAUGGCAAGAAGUAUAUCCACGGACAGAUUGACUGGAUUAUAAAAAAGGGCGUCCCGAUCCCCAGCAAAGGCAUCAAACGCGAGUACGACAUCGUUCUCAACGACAACGCCUCGAAGAUGCUUCCCCGGUCCUUCCAGAUCGUCACGACAUCGCACCCGCGCGACCGCCUCCCUCCGAACAUCAGCCACAGUGCCGUGAAGCCCGUGUGCGACAUCACAAUCGACCUAACCAAACUGAAGAUAACAACCAAACAACAACACUCUACCAGCGGUUUCGGUGCGCGGGCCCUGUCGAAUAGAUUGAAACGAUUACGGACCAAUUCCAAUUCCGCCCCUCCUGCUGCUGCUGCUGCUGGCGGUGGUGGUGCUGGCGCUGUUCCUCCCCCUCCUUCCUCUCCUCCCCCUCCUCCUCCUCCUCCUGCAAUAGCGUCAUCUUCAUCAUCUUCAUCAAAAGAGACAAGUUUCGAUUUAUUUCUACUCAUUGGCGCCUCAGACCUGCGCUUCGAGAUCAAACCGAGAGGCGAACCGGAUAUCCUCGCCAGCUCGGAACAUGACCAGAUCGAUGUCGUCUGGGCUCAAGACGACAACACCAUUACCAGAACGUCUACGGCUGCGUCGACGAGAACGGAUGAUAUGCUUUUGAAAAGGUCAUGA